UUAUUUUUCAUUUUUAAUUUUAAAUAAUAUUUAUGUACUCAACGUUUGCACCCCAUUCACAUGUGACAUGACAAAAUAAGUUGAAGGCGCCUACUGCGCCGUGUGUGUGGUGGCACCUGUGGCACCUUUGUGUUUUUAUCAAUCAAAAUGAAAACAAUCGAGAAGAGAAAACAGGACUGUAAAAGUUGAAAGUUCUAUAAGUUCUAUCAAGUUCUAUGCAGGUACAUUUUUGUGCUGUAUUUCAAUUUACAAAAAAAUACACAUUUCGAAAAAGAGUUCGCUGUUUUAGCAGCUAACGAAAUUCUACUUUCGUUAUAUUCUCAUAAAAACCAAAUCGUCAAGAUGUCCAGCGAAAAGAAUUCAUUGGAAGUUUCCGAAUUAAAAGAUUGGAAAGCCAAGGCCGAAGAAGCAAUGAGAGAAUGGAACGCCCAACUUUACUUGUGGAAAACGUUUGACAAGUCUCAGUCUGACUUACUCAAGUGCUUCGUUGGCUUAAUAUUAUUCGGUAAACCUGAAUCACUCAAAUGCGACGAAUCAUCAAACUUUGAUAUUACUGUCUUCAAAUCGUUGCAUAAGAAGUAUGACGAAAAAAAGAGGAAAAUCAUCGCCAAAAUUUGCGAUCAGUUUGAAUUUGAUGACAACCAAUUACGUCUAUCUCAUACUCAAUUAUACCUUUCUGUAAAUGACAUGAUGAUUAGCGUGUUUCGUCAGAUCAGACCCAAUGGUGAGGUGAAUUUCAUCGACUUCAACGCUCGCGUGUAUAAAUCAUGGAAGGAUUUCGUCCAAACAAACAAACUACCAAAAUGCGUGUAUAUGGCUCCGGAAAACGGUAUUCAUGAGAAAUUUAGCGAAGAAUUUGAAGUACGUAAAUCUCCAACGUCUUCGAAACUGGGAAGACUGUGCGAUUUGGUAGCUUGCGGUGCAACGAUAGCAGCCGUUGGUCUAACUAUUGCAGCAGUAGCUCCAGUGACGACGUUAGUUUUGGGAGGUGGAGGUGCUGUUUAUGGAGUUCGUCAAAGCGUAAAUACUUUGCUAGAUCGAUCGAAUCAUAAACAGUCGAUAGCUCCUACAAAUCUCGAAUCUGUUGGUUGUUACAUGAACAUCGGUACUACUGCGGUUUGUGGUGCUACUACUGUCGCUGUGGCGAAAUCAGCCAGUAUAUUGAAAUUUUCCGGCAAGUACAGUUCGAUAGCUUCUAAAGCUAUACUAGGGGUGAAUUACACUGCGGCUGGUUGCACUGUCUCCAAUUUCGGUCUUUACUUGUACGGUAUGCGACAUAAGCUUCGUAAAGGUGAAUUUACCAUCCCUGAUUUAUUUGAUUUAGCGCUCAAUAUAUUCUUGAUUUACGGAACCGUAUCUAACUUACGUCAAGUGCGUAGUUAUCUAUCGGCUGUGGAAGCCAAUCCAAUUCCUCCUAAAGGGUUGUCUAAAGGAGCGAGGAGGAGAUGGCGGAAACGACAAGCUAAACUUACUGUUGCUAACGGUUCGCUAGAAAAUCAAGAAAUGACCAAAGUGGGUGCUUGGGAUCCUGAAAUUUCUAAAUUCAUUACGGGAAGUUCUUACGUUCUCGGUAAAAAGAUGUUUGAGCGAUAUUGCCCAGAUCUCAACGAAAUAUACCGCAGAGUUAUGAUUGUAAUUAAAGACUUUCGUCGCUUAGCCAACAAUGAAAUGAGCAUUGAAGAGUUUAUUCAUAAAUUUAUCCCACAUGGUAGAGAUCUGUUCCAAAUUUUGCGAAAGAAUUACGAAGGAAUGCGAAGCAUUAUCGAGGAUCUAUUGCAACGUUUAGAUAUCAAAGCACCUCCCGAAUCAAUUCCUGAUCUGAGUAAUAUUAUCGACGACGGUAGAAUCGCAAUUAAUAACAUCGAUGAAGAAAUUCCACCAGAAGAUGAAUCUGUGAAUGAAUCAGCGUCGUCUUUUCUGGAUGGAAAAACCGUUUAUGAAAUUAUCCUUGAUCUGAUCGAAUAUCGUAUCCGUGGAAAUCAAUCCAAUGAAGUUCUCGAUGUUGAAAAACUACUCGUGACUUUUGCAGAAGAAAUGUCGUACGUAACGAUCGAAAUCAAGUCUAGAAUCACGCAACAGUAUGAAGAUCUGAUGUCUAAAAACGUUAAACUAAUAGGAGAAGAAAAAGCUAAACUCGCACUUUCUCAAAUUGGAAUCAACUCGAGAAACGAUUUUGCCCCUGAAAUACUCCCUCAGAUAAUUGAAGACUUGAAAACUGGUAUUCCCAAUAAUAUUUCUAAUACUUUUAAAAAGCAACUAGACGAAAUAUUCUCAUUUUAUCGAGAAUUAUUCCUCUUAAGAGCCGGUGAAAAUGAUAUUUCUUCGAUCGAAGUUUUGGAAACUUGCGAAAUACUAAAUAAAUCAGUCCAAACAGUCAUGGAACCUAUCAUCUCGUGUUAUAAAAUCAGCAAAGAAAUCUACGAAGUCAACGUCAAAUUUUUUGGACACGAACGCGCCAUGCCUUUUGUAUUCUCCGCGUUAAAUCUGAUCGAUGUACAAUCGGAUUAUAAAAAUUACGACGAAUCAUUAUUCAUCAACGUAGCCAAGAAAACGCUAAACUUGGCUGAAAUCCUUCCCCAGCUUCUUUCCUCCGACGAAAACUCAACCGAAUCUACGACUGAGCCGAUCAAUGAACCUUUUACCUUCACAGAUGAAUACAAAAUGGAAACGUUACUGACUACGUGCGAUUUUUACGUACAAAAAAUGGAAUCUAACGAAAUAAGUAAAAUUUAUUCCUUCGUUACUGAUAAAUUCGUUGAUAAAUUUCAAUGCCUAGCGAACCAAUUAAGUCCAGCGCAUGAAAUAACAAAUAAACUCGAACCAAAUAUCGAAAUUUUGGGUGAAAACCGUUUCAACCAAAUGUGCAGAUUUUUAUACGAAUCGAAUAAGAUGGAUAUUUUCAAUCAAACGACGGAAAUGUUCAGGAAAGAAGAUUUUGUCAGUGACUUGGUCGCAGAAUAUUACGAAAAAAUGUACGAUAUUACUAAUUUUCACGCUCAACAGCUUAAACAUCUGGUAGCCGAUGAUGGAGCCACUAUGUAUAUGUUCAAGGUGGAAAAUCGUGACGAUAUUGAAAAAUUCAAAGAGCAGGCUGCUAAUUUAUUUAAUCUGAAUAAAGAUAAUAUUCAGGUUAUCAAGAAGGACGAAAAUUUAAUUAUUUUGAGAAAUGAAGAUAAAUACGUUGCAUUUCAGUUUAUUAAAAAUCAAACUGAAGCCUUAAUUAUGCAAAUAGAUGUAUCGAAGAAAAAUGAAGAAAACGAAUGAAUUAUACAGUACUUUUCUUUUUAAAAUGAUUCAAAUCCGCCCCACCUUAAUUUUUUUAUAUAUUGCACAAAGUGUUACGAUUUUUUAAAAAUAAUCAUUUUACUCGUUACUAAUAUUGAUGUGUAAUUAAUAUUGGUAUGUUCAUUUUUAUUCUCACUUUCUCUACUUGAUUAGUAGAUGAAAUUUUAUUUAUUUUGUAGUUUGUUAUGCCGGUGAUUAAUAUCUAGCUUUAAUUAUUUUAGUCAACUGAAGACUUUCAGUUAUGAUUUUAAGUGAAAUUUACUCAUUUCAGUCUACUGUCCAUUUGGCGAAAAGUGCUCUAAAAAUUCAAAUAUUGAGUUUGGCUGGAAUUUUUGCAGCCCAAAAUUGGGUAAAAGUGUACCAUGCAACGUAUCAAAAAGAAUUGAAAUUUUUCGAGAAAUUCAAAAUCUCGUAUUUCAACAAAAAUGUUUUUUAGGCAUUUUUGAAGAAUUCUACGUCUUGGAUCAUGAUUUUUGAAAUUUUUGAUAAAGAUAUAGCUCAACUUGCCAAAAUGGUUCAAAGUUUCGACAAAAAAUAGAAAAUUUCUAUCUAAACUUUUUUCGAACGUUUUUUUUUUGUUUUAGGUUGCAAAAACGUCAGCCUACAUGAGCAAUUUUCGCUGGUUGGACUGUAGACAAUUACUCGUAGUUCAUGAGAUGAGCUCGUUAAAUGUUAAAACUCUUGGAGAAUAAAAGACAAAACUGUGAUAUUUUACCAAAUGUGUAUUCUGAUCGAUAUAAGGUGCAAAUAUCAAAGUCUCAAAAGAUAAUGAUGUUUUUAUACAUUUUUGAUUUUAUAAAAAUAUCUUUCUUAAGUAUUUUGUCUUCCAUUUUCAACUCACGAGCUCACUACACAUUUUGAGUGUAACAAAAAAACGAGCUUAAAAUUGUAUUAUAAUUUUAAGCGAACACUGUUAGUGCCUAUCAGUUGAUUGCCCAAGGCCAAAACACUUCAAACUAUUGAUUUUCUAAUGAAAAUAAUUUGUUUUUGGUUGAUCUUCGUAUUUAAUUAUGUAGGCCUGCAGAUUUAUUGUACUAACAAAAACAAUGUUCCUUUUUGUUUCAAAUUGUUCCCAGUGACUGUCACAGAUUAUUUUGUAUUUGUUUUUAAAAAUGGUAAUUAAAUUAUUAUUAUCAUGUUCA